CAUGUUGAAAUUUGUGAUUUUUUUAUCUGCAUUGUCGAUUGCUUUAGCAGCUGUUGUUCCCAAUGGCAUGCUUCCGCAACUGGAUGGUCGUAUUGUGGGUGGCAUAGAUACAACAAUCGAUUCCUUUCCCUGGCAGAUAUCCUUGCAACGUAGUGGUUCUCAUAUUUGCGGAGGUUCGGUGUAUUCUGCCAACAUCAUUGUUACCGCUGCUCAUUGCUUGCAAUCUGUCACUGCCUCUGUUUUGAGAGUACGUGCUGGUUCCACCUACUGGAACUCUGGAGGUACUGUGGUCAAUGUGGCCGCCUUUAGAAAUCAUGAAGGCUACAAUCCCAGCACUAUGGUCAAUGAUAUUGCCGUUGUUCGUUUGUCUUCAUCCUUGACCAUGAGUUCCACUAUCAAGGCCAUUGGUUUGGCUUCUUCCAAUCCUGCUCAAGGUGCUGACGCUCAAGUUUCCGGUUGGGGCACCACUACUUAUGGCUCCGCUACAAUUCCCAACCAAUUGAAAUAUGUCGAUGUUACGAUUGUUAGCCGUACCAACUGUGCUUCCUCCACCUACGGCUAUGGCUCUGCAAUCAAGGAAUCCAUGAUCUGUGGCUACGCCUUUGGUAAAGAUGCUUGUCAAGGUGAUUCUGGUGGGCCAUUGGUAUCGGGCGGAGUCUUGGUCGGUGUUGUUUCCUGGGGCUAUGGCUGUGCCUACGACAACUAUCCCCAUGUCUAUGCUUCGGUUGCUGAUCUCCAUUCUUGGGUUGUCAACGCUGCCAAUUCUGUUUAAAUUUUGUAACGGAAAAAAUUUAAUUUAAUAAAAAUGUGCCAAAGAACCUAACUGAGAAACUUGCAUAUACGAAUUAUUAACCGUUUUAAGAUUUUAAUAAGCAAUUUUUUGUUCGGCCAAAGUUUAUUGACCAAGUGUCCAGAAAGUUUGAAAAUUUAAUCGCUAUUAAACAAUUAGUUUAUUAUCAGUUUUCAACGGAAAUUUAUUGUAAUUGUAGAAUUAUUUGUAUUGUUAUCUCUAAUUUU